AUGAAUAUCAGCAAGUCCUACCAUGCUGGUUGGGUCAAGCUCAUACAAGUUAAAGAAUUUGAAAGGACUGGUGUGGUCUGCAGCCUCUGCCUGCAGGAUAUCAGCCAUGGCAAAAGCUACCGUCAUUUGGAUAGCACAUGCAUGAGGAAACAAAAUCUGCACCACGGUGUUUGGUGUGAGCAGAUCCUCAGUUUGUUUCUUUACAAGGCAAGAUCCAGAUCAGAUACUCAAACCGUGACUGCAGACAUGUAUUCACAAUACAGCCUGAAGAGGAACCUGAUCAGAAAUCCAUCUGCUGCUGAGGGAUUGAAUAACUGGAAAAUCGAUGAAAACGGUGGUACUGGAUGGAAGGUCGAAGAAAAUCUCACGGAAAAAGAAUGUAUAUUUCCAAAUCCGUCUGUCCAAAAGCUCUUUGCGACUUCUUCUCAAAUAUGCAAGAAGUCCCAGCUCAUUGACCUGAAGGAGGCCGGGUACAGUGAUGAAGUCAUGGACACAUAUCAACCGGAUAUUGUUGCCACAGACUGGUAUCAAUCCAGGCCGGACUGCGGCUGCCAGUAUGAGCUGGCGGUCAAACUACUUUCUGCAGACAAGAAAACCGUACAGGAGUUUGUCCCGGCUCCCAUUAUUAUAAAAGAGAAGAGCGACAUCCACUGGAGACAUAUAACGCAUACAUUCAGUAAAUAUGGACCAGGAGUGCGCUAUAUAUCUUUUCAGCAUGGCGGGAAGGACACGAAGAACUGGGCCGGCGCAUAUGGAGUGCGAUUGACCAACAGCAGCGUCUCCAUAGAGCUUUGA